CGACGUGAGUCUCUGUAUUUUUUUUCUUGUGUGUGUGUGUGCGCGUGUGGGGAGAGUGAGACACAGACAACCUCACAGCCUGUAUGCUGCUCCAAAUCAAAAAAAAAAAAAAGGUUUUGGGUCUAAUUUAUUUUUUCCAUUUUCUCAUAAUUUAAUAGUAUAUGGAUCAUUCUGCCGGUUUUGUGUUGGUGGGUUCAGGAUGUUUUUCAAUUUCUUUGAUUUAGUCCACAAAAAAUAUAUAUUUGUCCUAUCUCAUAUGAAAGUUUUCAUUGCUAUAAACCAUGAAUUUACCGUCAUGAUUCAACAAUGUCAAAUGGGCCGUGAUCAAAAAAAGUGAAAAGUAAAAGAAAAAAUUCAAUCUUGGUAGUUAUUUUAACUUUAUAGUUUAUAUUCGUGACAAUUCCAUUUCAUUUCUGAGUUAGCCUCUGACUUGGGGUUUCGCGUGUGUGUGUGUGUGUUUUUUUUUUCAGAGGGAGGAAGGCGUUUCUUCUUGAAGUUCGUGUAAAAUUGACUUUUGGAUUGUAUGUUGAGUGGUGACAUUUGAGGGGGAAGGAAGAAAAGAAAAAGAGUUUCUCUGAGCUCUUGCAGUAUUGUGAAGAGACAUUAUUUACACAUAUAGCCCACAUCAUAGGAUUGCUUUAUUAGUAGUCUUCCGCAGUUCCACAUUUAUCUCUGCAUUUUCUGUACUAUUAUCUGUUGGCGCCGCUUGUGUUUGUCGCCCGUGCGAAUUUCCAUCAUCAGAAAACAGCCACAGAUCUCGAGGUCUCCAUAUUUUGUUACAAGGGAAAAGAAAAAAAAAAUUGAUCUUGAUGUUUCAAUAAGUUAAAGGGUCACUCUGUUUUGGUCUUUUGGAUAUACAGUAUUUCUUUGCUUCAUUCACAAAACUGAGGAGAAUUUGGAGGUGGGUUGAAUGCGGUGAAUCUGGAGAGGAGCAUUUUGGCUGCUAAAUUUUUGGUGUAUUUAAUUGAAAAAAAGGGUUGACCUUUGAGCAGUCUCGUACAGACUCCUUAACCGCUGGAGGAGUCGGUGAUUCUGUUUGAUUUUGCUGUUGGCCUUAGAAGGGGAAUCGAGGUAAAAAAAGGAGCAAUUUUUAAGUUUAUUUGAAUUUGAUCAAAGCCUUUGUGGUCAUUGUUUGAUUGGUUGGACUUCAUUUUUUUAUGAGCUUUUGUUACUCUGUGUUGUGUUGAGAAUCGAGAUCAAUGCAUUAUAAUAUUUGACUUUGAGUGACCAACUUCUGCUUUUGCUGAUUUUGUGGGAUUGGUAAAACUGGUACCUAGUACACAGACAGUUUCUCUUGUUGAUUUUGGUGCAGUAUUUUUAAUGUGUGGUUGCGUAUAAGGGGGUUGCAUUCUGUGGGUACACUGCAAACUGUUUUGCAUGAGUUUUUGAGGGAGACCCGGUCCGCAAUUUUGGGAUUGCAUAAGUACUUAAUGAGGGGUUUCUGUCAGUCUUGAAUUGCUGGAAAGUCAGAUGAGAAUUAGGAUUUGAUGUGGAAUUUUGGAUUGAGAACCAGUCAGCGAAAUGCUGGGUUUUGAUGAGAGGGAUGAGCUUUUCUUUGAUGCCGAAGAAUCCCUUUCAUCAGAGUCUAUUGUUAGUGCAGAAAAUAUAGUGAGUGAUACUCUUGGAUAUGGCAUUUGGUUGGAUGAACUAAAAAGUGUGAAGGAGAGAAGGGAAAGUUUUUUGGUCAAAAUGGGUUUGAUGGAGGUUUCAUCUUCAAAUGUUAUGGCACUUGAUGAGUCAGAGACUACCCAAAGGGUUGUGGAAUGUGGCGGAGCUGUAUCCAGUAGUUGUACAUCGUCUGUAGAGAAUUACAUAGGGAGUGAUUGUAGAGAAUCAAAUGGUGAAGCAAAUUGUAUGAUCGAGGAAUCAUCAUCUGAAUGUUCGGAUGAUUUAUUUAUUUGUACUGAAGGGGAUUCUAGCUCUAAUGGUGAGCUGGAAGAUAGUCAAGCUGGGGCACGGGCUAAGGAUUAUGGGCAUUGUGACCAGAAAAAGAAGAAAACUAGGGGUUGGUUAAAGGUUCUUAAGCACAAGAUGAAGAAUUGUAGAAGCAUUGAUGCUGCUGAGCCUGGGAAACCACGUGGUGAAGCAGGAAAAGUGACUCAGAUCAAAGUUGAACAGAAGAAGAAAAAGUUUAUGGAAUUUACUGCUGUUUAUGCUGGACAAGAAAUCAAUGGCCACAAAGGUUUGAUUUCAACAAUGAAGUUCAGUCCUGAUGGACAGUUUGUAGCAAGUGGGGGUGAAGAUGGGAUUGUCAGAAUUUGGAGUGUUUCUUUAACAGAAGCAGUAUGCAGUACUUCUGAUUGCAAUGUCAGAAACGACCAGACAAAGUCCAGCUCCAGUUUUAGGAAGAAGAGGUUAAUGAAUGCAUCUGUUAUUUUACCUAAGAAGGUUUUCCACAUCAACGAGUUGCCGCUGCAUGAGUUUCAUGGACACACUGCUGAUAUAUUGGACCUUGCUUGGUCCUCAUCCAAUCAAAUUUUAUCAGCAUCCAAGGACAACACUGUUCGUUUGUGGCAAGUUGGUUCUAAUGGAUGUCUUGGUGUUUUCCUCCACACAAAUUAUGUAACAUGCAUCCAGUUCAACCCAAUUGAUGAUCGUUACUUCAUUAGUGGUUCUAUUGAUGGAAAACUACGAAUUUGGGGAGUACCACAGAAGAGGGUUGUGGAUUGGGCUGAUACCAGGGAUGUAGUUUCAGCAGUAUGUUACCAACCAAAUGGAAAGGGUUUUGUAGCUGGAUGUGUAUCUGGUAUCUGCCAUUUCUAUGAAUUGCACGGCACUGAACCUUCACUGCAUGCAGAAAUGCAUAUUGGUGGUAGGAAAAAAUCCUCUGGCAACAGAAUCACAGGCAUUAAGUAUUUAGACAAUGACUCUCACCGGGUUAUGAUAACCUCUGAAGAUUCAAAAAUUCGUAUUCUUGAUGGGCUUGACAUUGUCCACAAAUAUCGAGGUCCAACAAAAUCUGGAAGCCAGACAUCUGCUUCGUUCACUUCAAGCGGACAACACAUAGUAUCUGUUGGCGAUGAUUCUCGUAUAUGCAUAUGGAACUAUGACAACCUGCAUGUCAAAUCAUCAAAAGCUAAAAAAUCAGCCCGCGCCUGUGAAUAUUUCUUCUCUCAUUGUGCAUCAGUUGCAAUUCCUUGGUCAGGAAUGGUAACAGAAAAAGAGGGUCAAUUAGACGAUUGCGCAUCUCCUGUCAACAUUUUGCAUCCAGCAGAUCGAGAUCAAGACCGUUUCUCCUUAACUAGCUGGUUUUCUAUGGAUAUAUCAUCCAAAGGCGCUGCAACAUGGCCUGCAGAGAAACUUCCGCUCUGGGAGGUACCGCGUUUAGAACAAAGCAACCUGAGUUUCAGAUCAUUGGACGAUAGCCUACCUGAGCAGCUGCAAAAAGAAAACAAUAACACCCGCAACUGCCAAAAAUUUUCGGCAACAUGGGGUACUGUCAUCGUAACAGCUGGUUGGGAUGGAAAAAUCAGGACAUUCCACAAUUUCGGGCUGCCCAUCAAAUCUUAGAAUCCUAAAAGGGAAACAUGAGAAGCUGAAUGUUACGCUUCCGCAGUUCCUUGUUUCAAGGAUCUACACAGAUGAUUAUGUCCGGAGAGAGGCCGAGUCUGAAUUAACAAUUGUGUUGCUCAAUACGCCAACAUCAUGGACUGGUUCUCUGCAAACAUCAGACUGGUUCUCUGCAAACUAUUGUGUUGCUCAAUACGCUAACGUCAUGGACUGGUUCUCUGCAAACAUCAGACUGAUUGGUCCCCAAGUUUAUACACUAUAACAGAUUCCUCUGAUCUGACAUCUGACAAUAGUUUUGUUAUUCAUGUUAUAUUGAUAGGCAUAUUGUCGGCAAGAUUAGCAGAUUAGAUCAUUUGCUAACUCUGGUUCAUAUUUAGUUGGACAGAAGAAAUUGUAAAGUAACAACAACAGUACAAAAUUAACACGGCAAAGGAUUUUUUUUUUUUCCCUCCCUCUGGCAGUGUUUUGAAGAAUCUCAAACAUCGAGAAUUUUCCUGGAAAAUGUGUACGUGUGGUUGUGAUCUCUUAAUCCUUUAACCUGUUCUGCCAAACCCAGC